AUGGCCGCGACCGACGCUGAGUCCGAGGCCACCUUCGAGCUAGCGCUGCUGCUGCCUGCGCGGCCGCUGCUGCCGAAAAAUGCCGUAGCCCUCGGUCUACCGGCGACGCCUGAGCCCCUCCAGGUGGCGGUGACGCCCCACGAAACGCUCAAUGAUUUGCGGGCGACGCUGCUCGACAGCCCCGAAGGCUACUGGCUCGGCGCUUUUGCGUUCCGCCGACCGUCGAAGCAUGCGCAGGCCGGCGCGCUUGUGUCGGAGUGGCAGACGUUCAGCGAGGUGUUCCCUGACGGCGCCACUUCGCCGCGUGUCCUGCAGAUCACCUACGAGCCGUUCAACGAGCUCGAGGUCCGCCUGCACAUCCAGCGCCUGCGCGACCUGCUCGCCGGCUCGCCAACCGAGCCGUCAGCGAUCGCCGUCGAUGCCGGCGCGACCGUGCACGACGCCGUCUGCCACGCGGCCGAGUGGGCUGCCGAGGCGCACCAGCCCGCGCCCCCGGCCCCGACGUGGCGCGGGUGGCCGGCCGAUGCCACGACGCAGCUGCUGCCGGCACUCGCGCGUGCGCCGCGUGUCCUGCCCCGCUGCGUGCGCGGCCUCGCGGUGAGCGCGUGGAACCCGCCACCGCGCUCGCUCGCGCUGCAGGGGCACCUGCUGUACCUGCAAGUUGACACGCUCGAGGGCGAGAUCCUGCACAUCACCGCGAGCACGCGCGGCUUCUUCGUGAAUGGCUCGUCGUCGCAGCGCUUCCUGCCGCACGCGCACCCGACCAAGGCACUCGCAGCGCCCUCGCUGUUCGACCUGCUGUGCGCUGCGUCGCCCCUGUUCCUCCAGCAUCUCGCGCGCCUGUUUCACGACCCCGUGUCUACGCGCGACUACUUUUCCGCGCUGCCCGUGCUCAACUCGCUACCCGCUGCGCCGUGGCUCGCGCGCGAGCCGAAGCACGACGCGGACUGGCUGCGCACCCAGACGGCGUUCCUGCUCACCGGCGCGCUCACCGCCGACACGCUCGACGCGGGCCGCGACUGGAACGAGGAGCUGCAGUCGUCGCGCGAGUUGCCGCGCACCACGCUCGUGGAGCGCCUCAUGCGCGACCGUGUGCUGAACCGCCUGCACGCCGAGUUCACGCUCGCUGCGGCGCGGAUCGUGCCGCGCGUCGCGGCGGGCGACGUCGCCCCGAUGAACCCCGCGGACGCGCCUGCGACGCACAUGUUCCUGUUCAACAACCUGUUUGUCACGCGCGGCAUCGACAGCGUCGGCCUGUACGAGGGCCUCGGCGGCCAUGCCGCAGCGCAUGUGGCUGUGAGCAAGGACGUGCAGGGCGUACGCUCGCUCGCGCUCCUGGAUGUGCCAGGUCUGCACCUGCUCGGCACAGCCGUCGUCGACUGGCUCGGCGAGCGCUGGGUCGUGCAGACGGUGCUGCCUGGCCUGUUCCGCCAGGUCGCAGCCGAUGCGGCCGCCAGCGAUGCGGAGCCGGCGCACGUCGCCCACGGCGGUCUCGAGGGCCCCGACACGAUCCACACGGACGAUGCGUUCGACGCGCUUAUGCGCCAGGCCGCGCAGCGCUUGCACCUGACGCCGCACACCAUGCGCGAUGCAGAUGGCACGCCGCACGAGAUGGCCCUCAGUGUCGACUGCAAGGGCCUGCGAGGCACGGAUGGACGCCGCUACGUGCUGGACGUGGCGCGCCUCACUCCCAUGGACAUGGCAUGGAUCGACGGCGAGAUGGGCGCCAUGUACGGUGCGGACGGCGCACACGCCGCAUAUCCCCACCGUCUCACGCUCCUGCGCCCCGAGCUCCUAGAUGCAUUCUGGGAGAUGCGCCUGCGCGAGUUUGCGCGCGCGCGUCUCGAGGCGCAGCGCACAGCCGGUGAAACGCCUACGCGCAUCGACGAGGCCGACUUUGACCUGUCAUUCAACCCUGAUGCGUUUGCCGAGUUCCGCACUACGCGGGACGGCACGCCGCAGCUCGUCACACCCGUUACAGACGAGAAGGAGCCGGGCGUGCAGGCCGUGCGCGCCGCGUCUGACUAUCUGCGUCGCGAGGUUCUCGUGCGCUUCGUGAGCGAUAUAGCCGCGGGCCUCACGUCGGCCGUCGAUGGCAUCGCGCUGACGCAGCAGAUGCACGCGCGUGGCAUCAACAUGCGGUACCUCGGCCGCCUCGCACACCUGAGUGAGCCGUCGCAGGCGAGCGAGCUGGACGAGGUUGUGACCUCCAAGCUGGGCCCCGGCUACGAAGCUCUCCUCGAUGCGUUCCGCCGAGUCGUCCUGCACGAAAUGGUCGUGCGUGCGGCCAAGCAUCGGCUGCGUGCGCACCUGCGAACCGCGGGCCCUGCCACGGCCCCCGCGUGCAUUGCGCACGUCUUCAACUGCCUGCUCGGCACGAGCGUCAAUGCAGCGCCCGCCGCUACUGUGCCGCCCGGCGCAGAGAGCGGCGCAUGGGCCCAGCUGACCCCUGCACAGCUCGCGGACGAGGUGCGCGACGAGGUGCGUGCGCGUUUCCGGUACGAGCUGCCCGCCUCGUUCCUUGCACAGGAGCUGCGCAAGAGGCCGACGCUGCGUGCCCUGUGCCUCAAGACGGGCGUGCAGCUCGCCGUGCGCGACUAUGCCAUGGAGGCGCCAGUCGAACUGCCGCCUGCGCCGCGCGGGAAGGGCGCCAAGAACGCGCCACCGCCUCGCGAUACCGUGUUUGUGCCCGAGGACGUCGUGUGCGUCGUGCCGCUGGUCAAGCACGCGACGCCGCGGAGUACUCUCGCCGAGGAGGCAUUCGAGGCGGGGCGCCUCUCGCUUGCGCGUGGCGACCGCGAGCUGGGCUGUGAGCUGCUCCUCGAGGGUAUUGGCUUCCACGAGCAGGUGUACGGCCUCGUGCACCCCGAGACGGCCAAGUGCUACUCGCUCUUUGCCUCGCUUGCGCACCACUAUGCCUUGGAGAUGGCGCGCGCCGAGGCGAAGAAGGCCCAAGAGGCCCAGAAGGCGGAGCAAGAGGGCCAGGGCGAAGCGAAGGAGGCCCAGAAGGCGGGGCAGGAGGGCCAGGACGAAACAAAGGAGGGCCAGGACGCAGAAGCAGAGGCUCCCGCCCCGAAUGAGGCUGCACCAUCCGCCGACGCGCCCGUGCCCCCCAUCGUGGCCGAGACCAUGACGCUGGAGAAUGCCCUGCGCUUCCAGCGGCAGGCCGUGACUGUGUCGGAGCGCACGCUGGGCCUGGACCACCCCGACACCAUGGUGCAGUACAUCAACCUGGCCGUGCUCGAACGCUCCGCCGGGCACACGGACGAGGCGCUGCGGUACCAGGAGCGUGUCAUGGAGCUGUGGCAGCUCUUGUACGGCCGCGACCAUCCGGAUGCCGUGCAUACGCUCUCGUCCGUGGCGCUGCUCCUGCAGGGCCGCCGCGAGUUUGACACGUCACUGAAAGCGUACGAGACCGCGCACGAGCUUGCCGAGCGCCUCUUUGGCCCAGACAGCAUCUACACCGGGAACAUGGCGCAUGAGCUGAGCCAGGCCCACACGCUGCACGGCGAUCUCAAGGCGGCUAUUGACGUGGAAAAGAACGCCCACCGCAUAUUCCAGGCACGCCUCGGCGACGAGGACGCGCUCACCAAAGAGAGCCAUGCCUUCCUCCGGGGCCUUACCGCCAGUGCCGUGCGCGUCGCACAGCUCGAGCAUGCCGCCAAGGCGCAGCAGACCGCCGACCUCGUCGCGGCCCAGCUGCGCGCCCGCACGGAGCGCGCCGCGCAAGCGCGGCGCACGACGCAUGCAAACCCACAGCUCGCCGACCGCUCGAUCGACGAGCUCGUGCAGUUCAUCCAGGGCGCCCCCGGCACGGGCACCUCGCGCGCCGCUCGCAAGCGCGCCGCUCGCGCGCGAAAGUCCUCGCUGGCCAGUACAUAG